AUGGAGGUGAUGCUUCCACCGUACCGUGACGCAGUCAAAUGCAGUGCUGUGGUCUUCGUGGAGCUAUGGAAGGACAUGCACAUUGCUGACUCCCGUCACAGGAGGAGGAUUCGUCAGUUGAUAGAGGGGUAUCAGAAAUCCAGAUCCAAAGUCUACUGCUCUGGAAAAACACUCUUCUCUCCUCUGGAGGCAUGGUCCCAAGACUUUGAGUAUCACAGCAACAUGAGCCAAAGCAGUGAAUAUGCUCGAGUGAAGCGUGGAUUGAUGGCUUUAGAGGGGGAAACCCCACAAACAAUUGGAUUGACAACGUUUACCAGACCCUCGCGAGGAGACUUGGUUGAUACUUCACAGUUGUACACACAAAGCCAAUUGCCUCUCUCCACUUUCCCUCGACCACCGAAGUCAGCCCAUCAACGCAUCGGUGCCUACAUGGAUGAUCAUCAAACAGCUGAUUGUCAGAACGCCUCCUGGUGGUAUGAUAUCAGAGGUGGAAGGGUACACAGUGGAAGCAGUGCAGCUGGUAGUUCAAGAAUUCACUCUACUUACAGAGGAUGCACCCUUUUCGAGUUUCCUCCUCCACAACGGUUGAGUGAUAAGGACCAGGGCCUAGAGCAGACUCUGGGUGCCUACUUGUCGUUGGAUUGCAGUCAAGCAUGGACAACAAAUGAGAGGCAGCAGUACCAUCCUGAGCCUUUGGCAGACUCCGGCAGCCAGCUAGCUAGCCAUCACUUCAGCGGAAUUCAAGCUCACUCUCAGAAAUACCAAUUUGCGGCGUUUACUGAUUUUGGAGAAUCGACGUCUUUUCGGAAGGGAACAAGUUUUUCUCUUGCGAAAACUUGUUGCACUGCGGUAACAGACACCACAAAUCUGGACCUCCUGCCUCACACCGAUGCAAAGCUGGUCGGCAAGGUGAUCCACCCUUCAGCCAAGGUGGCAGAGGAGAAACAUACUUUCCUUCCAUCCAUAACUUCUACCUGCCCCAAGUACUUCUCCUUCUCCAGCAUUCAGCGACCACAUGUGGAAUACACAGACAACUGA